CAGACACACAACAUGGCGGACUAGAAGAGGCAGACGACACGCCCGGAUACAGUGAAUAAACGGUGGGAUUUACGUCCCCAUCUGCCUUAAGGAAGACGGAGAGACACUACUUUCUUGGGACAACUUUUGGGAAAUUUAAGGAAUUUUGAAGAAACGUUCUAGACACCUGUUUACAUACUGGCUUGCAAGCUCUUACCUUCCCAGUUUGGCUGUGUGUGUACCAGAUAAUUCCUAUCACCCAGGCCCCCCACCCCAAACACGCUCUUGCUUCCUGGGGUGUGGAGACUGGGGCCGGGGUUAAAACGUGGAAAAGGGAAAACAUUAUAUUACUUUUGUAAGCGAAACUGGAGUCCCGGACCACACUGUGCGAAUGAGUGAUUGAUGCCAAUUUCGCACCUUAAGGGCAGUAUGGGUAUGUGUCCCCUGCUCCUGCUGCUCAGUCUAGCCCUGGGGACCUCUGCCCAGGAACCUCCCUUCCCUACAGGUCCAAUCCAUACUGCCAAACCAACAAAUAUUACUGCGGCCUCCCUCCUCAAUUUUACGGUGGUAACGCCCCCUGUUGCACCAGCCACGACAAUUGUCACAGCAUCAACAGUUGCAACCACAACAACCACCACAACAAUCGCCACCACAACAAACAAUGAGGCUGUAUUAACAGGGGGUCCUGCUGCCACCCCCGUGCCUGCUCCCCAUCUUCCCCCUGCCCCAACCAAAGACCCUCUCGCCCCCCCGACCACAGUGCAGUCCCCAGCCUCAACAACCGUCGUCCAGGAUGGGGGAGGCGGAGCAUACAACGCAACCACACCUUCUGGUCCAGAAGGCACGUCGCCGUACACAGACAUGGGUACAGAUUUUCCCCUGGAGAUGGAGACCUCCACUGAGACCACCGUGGAGCACACAUCGGCCAACAGUAACAACAUUCCAGGUGGCAACGAGACAGAACAAGAGCCCCCCUCUGAUGAAAUGCCCAUCAUCGCUGUGAUGGUGGCCCUCUCCUCCCUGCUUGUCAUAGUCUUCAUCAUCAUCAUCCUUUACAUGCUGAGGUUCAAGAAAUACAAGCAAGCGGGCAGCCAUUCCAAUUCCUUCAGGCUGACCAAUGGCAGAUCAGAUGAAACAGAGCUACAGAGUGUGCCGCUAUUGGCCCGCUCUCCCAGUACAAACAGGAAGUAUCCGCCCCUUCCUGUCGACAAGCUGGAGGAGGAGAUGAAUCGUCGCAUGGCCGACGACAACAAGCUCUUCAGGGAGGAGUUCAAUGCGCUGCCGGUGUGUCCCAUCCAGGCUUCGUGCGACGCGGCCUCCAAGGAGGAGAACAAGGAGAAGAACCGCUACGUCAACAUCCUGCCGUAUGACCACUCCAGAGUGCAUCUCCUGUCUCUGGAAGGAGUCCCAGACUCCGACUUCAUCAAUGCUUCUUUUAUCAAUGGUUACCAGGAGAAGAAUAAAUUCAUUGCUGCGCAAGGACCAAAGGAGGAGACGGUAAACGACUUCUGGAGAAUGAUUUGGGAGCAGAACACGGCAACCAUCGUCAUGGUGACCAAUCUGAAGGAGAGAAAAGAGUGUAAGUGUGCCCAGUACUGGCCGGACCAGGGCUGCUGGACCUACGGUAACAUCCGUGUGUCAGUGGAGGACAUGAUGGUGCUGGUGGACUACACCAUCCGCAAGUUCUGCAUCCAGCAGGUGGGCGACGUGUCAGGUAAGAAGCCCCAGCGUCUGGUGACCCAGUUCCACUUCACCAGCUGGCCGGACUUUGGUGUGCCUUUCACACCCAUAGGCAUGCUCAAAUUCCUCAAGAAGGUCAAGACCUGCAACCCGCAGUACGCUGGGCCCAUAGUGGUGCAUUGCAGCGCGGGCGUGGGGAGGACGGGCACGUUUAUAGUGAUCGACGCCAUGCUGGACAUGAUGAACACCGAGAGGAAAGUGGACGUGUUCGGCUUUGUCACCCGCAUCCGGGCUCAGCGCUGCCAGAUGGUGCAGACCGACAUGCAGUACGUGUUCAUCUUCCAGGCCAUGCUGGAGCACUACCUGUAUGGGGAUACAGAGCUGGAGGUCACUUCCCUGGAGUCCCAUCUGGCUAAACUCUACGCCCCCUCACCAGGGGCCGGCUGUGGGGGGAUGGAGUCAGAGUUUAAGAAACUGACCUCUAUCAAGAUCCAGAAUGACAAGAUGAGGACGGGAAACCUGCCUGCUAACAUGAAGAAGAACAGAGUUCUACAGAUUAUCCCAUAUGAGUUCAACAGAGUUAUUAUCCCGGUCAAGAGGGGUGAGGAGAACACAGAUUACGUCAACGCUUCCUUUAUCGAUGGCUACCGUCAGAAGGACUCGUACAUGGCCUGCCAGGGUCCGCUGCAGCACACCAUUGAAGACUUCUGGAGGAUGAUCUGGGAGUGGAGGAGCUGCUCCAUAGUCAUGCUGACCGAGCUGGAGGAGAGAGGGCAGGAGAAGUGCGCCCAGUACUGGCCUAGCGACGGUGUGGUGGUGUACGGCGACAUCUCCAUCGAGCUGAAGAGAGAGGAGGAGAGUGAGAGCUACACCGUCAGAGACCUGCUGGUCACCAACAACAGAGAGAAUAAGGCCAGAGCGGUACGGCUGUUCCAUUUCCAUGGCUGGCCUGAGGUGGGCAUCCCCACCGAUGGCAAAGGCAUGAUCAACAUCAUUGCUGCCGUGCAGAAACAGCAACAACAGUCAGGCAAUCACCCCAUCACAGUGCACUGCAGUGCCGGGGCAGGGCGGACGGGGACCUUCUGUGCCCUCAGCACGGUCCUAGAGCGGGUGAAGGCAGAGGGCAUCCUGGAUGUGUUCCAGACAGUGAAGAGCCUGAGGCUGCAGAGGCCGCACAUGGUGCAGACACUGGAGCAGUAUGAAUUUUGCUACAAAGUGGUCCAGGAGUAUAUCGAUGCCUUUUCUGACUACGCCAACUUCAAGUAGGGACCAACAGGAGAACGGACACCCAUAUGCCGUCACAAACACGCACCCAACAGAGAGAAGCAAACAAACUUUUCACGGCCUAGAUGAGUGGACGGACUGCACUGAGGAAAAGGGAAACGGAAGUGUUAGUUGCAACAACGGCAGUGCAGUCAUCAAGUAUGAAUAUCAGAGAUGCCUUCUUAAAUAUUUUGUAAUAUUGAUCUUGUUAAUACAGCCCUAUUUGUUGCCCCCAACCUCAAAAUGUAUAUAUACUUUUCUUCUUUUUUUAAGCAGCUAAGUUCAUUUUUAGGAUGACAUUUAUAGUGUAUUUUAUUGGUAUAUAUAUAAAUAUAAAUAUAUAUGAACAUCAACCCUGAUGCUAUAAUGGCCUAUGUUGAAAAUCAAGAGUCGGGAAAACGGUGUUGGGGCUUUCUUUGUGGUGUUGCUAUUUGUAUUUUUUUAAUUAUUAUUAUUUUGCAGUUGUGACAGACACAUGAAAGGCUGUUGGGUUCACCAGAGUCAAGCUGUAGCAGGUCAAAGCUAGUUUGUGAGCCUCAAAUGAACGCAUUUACAGAGCCUAUCACAACUCUUGUUCUCUUCCAUCUUAUCACACACAGACACAUACACGCACCACAUGCUUAUCUUGGAGUCUAAAUGCAGGGGCAGCCACAACAGCUCAGUGAAUUGCCUCAAAUCCCCUUUAGAGUCACAAGAAGUCAAGGUUCAACAAAGGUGGAUAAUUUUAAAGUGUUGUCUGGAUCUAGUUGUUCCUUUCACACUGCACUCCUGACCUGAUGACACGAGUGCACAAGCAUACCGCCCUAGCAUCAACUCCUCUCAGGGCACAAACGUGUGUAAAAAGAAAAAACAAAGAAAAAAAAAACAAGGGAAAUGUGAAAUGUUCUAUUCUUUUAAGACAUGCUGAUAUCUGCAGAUAACUUUCUGUAUGUUGCUAAGUGUAAUAAUGUCUGCUAAAUGCCAUAAGCUACGUUGUUACUAUUGCUAUUUCCUUUGUGCCAAAGCCCAUCCAUUAUGAUCCUGUUGCAGUUUAAUUCGAAUCAGAAUAAAACCAAAUUCUGAUUAAACUGCAACAGGAUUCUCUCAGCUAAAUCGUGAGUGAGUCUUAGAUUUAUGGAUGGAUUUGCUUUGUGUUUAAGGACACUAUAAUUACUGGUUAUUUGCAUAACCGGGCAACAAAAUACUUUCAAUUUUAGAGAGUGGUUAUCUGUUAGUAAAUUUCACAUCAAAGAGAAAUAUCAGUAAAGCAUUUUGGAAAAUAAUAUAAAUACUAAAGAAUUGGUCAAAUGCAUUCUAAUAUCUUUCACAAAAUUAUCUUGAAAUGUUGGUUUUGCUAAAACGUUAUGGUCAUGUACUGCAAAAGAGAAUCAUUCAUGGAUUCUCUUACAGUAAUCAUAAGCACUCUGGAUACAUUGGUAUCAACAUUUUCUUAUCAGUUACUCCAUUGUUGUUAAGGACCAAUUAUGAUGUAUUUUAAGUAUUUUUCAUAUUUUAAAUGAAAAUUAUAAUACAUGUUCACUCAUUCCUUUUUUGGACUAGUUUUAGUAUAGUAUCAAAGUAAGUAAAGUAAUAGUAUCAAAUAACCCAUCUGCAGAACCCCUUUACCUUCUAGCUUCACCUUGUAUUUUGAUCGUCUGAAUUACAUUAUCGACAUAAGGACACCUUUACUGAAGAAUGUUGUAUUUCAAUGCUGUCACUUUUGAUAUUGCUCAGACAUUGAAUACAUUGUUACCUAUUGUUAAUGAAGCGUGCCAUGAAAUAUUUUGCAGUGAUUGUUUCUUUCACAAAAGUCUUCUUGCAGCAUAAGGAAAUCUUGGGUUAACCUGAAAGCAUUCCUAUGAGUAUUCGUAACAUUUUAAGAUGUGAUUGUAAUGAAAGGUAAAAUGUCGGCUACACAGUUUAGGUAACCUCCAUUCUAUCUCGGUCAAGGCAGGAUAUGACUGGAAAUUGUGUAUUCUCCUGACAAUUUCCUGUUAAGUAAUUUUAUAUCUGUCUAUUUUAUCCGUUGACUGAGAUGAAAUUGAACUGACCCCUAUCCUGGUCUGUUGGACCAGUCUACUGUUUCCAACCGGUCUGAUUGUAAAAUGAUUGUAACUGUGACGAUAGUUGGGGAUGGUGUCUCUGAGACAUCUACAUAUUUGAUGAUAUGAAGUAAGAAAAGUCGUGAUCUGAGGGGGUCCAAUUAGGUGAAUAGUAUUGUGUGAAGUUCCCAGUUCUCCAUAUAUCUCUAUGUUUUAGUAUUUACAGCUAUAUAAGAGCCAUGAAACCCAGGUAAAGCUUUACCUGAGGCUAGUCAACACCAUAAGGACUAGAUACUCCAUCUAUGUUGUAGUGGAUGGCUAUGGUUUGUUCUGGAUUUUCCACAGUGUUGUUAAAAGUAGAAGUUCCAAAUAUCCAGCACUUGUGUAUUUUUUUUAAUCAAGAAAAAAAAAUAGAUUUGAUGAGAUCGAUUUGCGCCUUGCACCAAUUUGCAAAGAAGCCCUCAAAAUGAGUAAGUCAAUGAAUAUGUAACGCCAGACGAGUGUCUUGGCCUUAAAGAAAUGAAGCGGCAUUUCAUUUAAUUAACUCUCAAGCUAGGUCUAUUGGUCACCAUUUUAAUGAAACAUGAUCCACCUUAACGGCCACACGUUUCAGUUCAUCAGUUGAGCUGUUCUCAUUUUGUCAUAAUUUCAUGUUGGCACAUCCUUCCAAAGCAUCACAAGUGCCCAUAGCUUACAGUUGACAUUUUGUUUGGAUUUGUUGUUUUCUUUAAAUGGAGAACAUCUAAGAACAUUUGGUAAUCAGUGCUGUGUCUGUGGAGCAAUGGGAGUCUCAAGACAGUUGUUAGGAUGUUUGUGUCAAUCCUUUCUUCAAUAAUGUGGGUUUGUCAAUGAUUGUGUCUGUUUGGCAGAUUGUUACCUUAGUUGUCUGUACCUUUGACCCCUAAGGAAUGACACUGUGCCAACAUCUAACCCCUGUUGAUUCCAGGCUUCAUGGUGGCAGAAAACAAAAAAAAGUGCCUCACAGUUAAUUAUUUUGGGAAGGAAGGAAGAUUGUCAAUCAUUGUUAGCCUAAUAGUCCUAGAGGUUCCAUUCCCAUUCAUGCCAAUGCAGGGUUCACUUUCAAAUCAAAGUCCAUUCCAUAGAUGGUUGUGUUCAUCUUUCCUCCACUCCAUCUCAUUCCAUUUCAUUAGAAAGCCCUUGAUUUAUGUAGUCAAGUGUCAUGUGACUCCUGUAUUUUAUCCACUGUUUGACCAUACAGCCCUCUUUUAUAUAAUGACAAAUGAACCCUUAAAAUCAUUUCACCAUUGCUUCAUUGACCUAUCAUUACAAAGGGAAGCAUGGUGUGUCUGAGCCCUUGUUCCAUGCUCCCACUGGUUGCCAUUCAAUUUAACCCAAGCUACAGCCCCUAAGAGCAUUUUGAAUGUGUUGGGAGAGAAAGCUGUUUUGUGGUGGGGUUUCAUAAAAUUCAAGCUUAUAUGACGUUAAGCAUAUGUUUCCAGUUGAAAAAACAGUUCACCUCUAACCUGUUUUUCUCAACUUCCCUUUCUAUCCCACAUUUUCUCCUUCUCACUUUCCCCAGGAGAUCUUUCAUUGCCCAACUCUCAUUUGUACAUAAUGUAAGGUUAUUUAUAUUUCAUUCCUGUCUGCUGCCUUGCUUUUUAUUUUAUUAUCUCAUUGUCUUAAUUUUAUUUUAAGAAAAUGUAUAUUGAACUGUACUGGGACCAUUUUGAAAUGUACUAGAUGUGCUUCCCUCUUGGUCAUUUUAAAUUUGGUAUUGUCUUAAGAAAUUCCUAUUUGACUUAACAUCUGUUUAUUUUCUCGUUUGGUUAUUCAAAAUUUGAAUAUAUGUAUAUAUAUAAUUAUAUAUAUAUGUUAAAAUUAUAUAUAAUUAUAUAAUGCCAAAUGGCCUUUCUAAGCAAGAUACAGUUCAAACUUAAUAAAGCUUGAGAUUUUA